AUGACUUAUACGCUUCUUCCUAUAGAGUAUUUAUCUAGCCUUUCAAGAGAAGAAAUUUCAACCACACUUGGACAUCUCUUUGAACCAUGUGAAACACUUGAACAACUCAUAGCAACAUCAGUUAUUCCUCACAAGGAAAAGUACCACACAUACAGCCAGUUCAUCGAGUUAGUUCGAACUGAACUUAUCCAAUCAUUGAAAACAUUAGACAAUGAUGCUAUCAAUGCAAUAAUAUCAGCACAUCCUCGACUUGGUGAUUCAACUACACUGACCCAUUCAACCAACGAGCAAAAGUCUCUAGGUGGGGAAACCGAGAGGGAGAAAUUGAAAAAAUUGAAUGAGUUGUAUGAACAGACUUUUCCAGGAUUAAGAUAUGUUGUGUUUGUCAAUGGUAGAUCAAGAGAUGUUGUUAUGCAAGAUAUGAAACAACGCAUUGCUAGUAGUGAUAUUGAUUUAGAAAAGCGUUUAGCUUUUGAUGCAAUGUGUGAUAUUGCUUUGGAUAGAGCAAAAAAUUUGGGUGGAGUAUAA